GUGAUCCAUACAAGACGCUUUUCAUCGGCAAGCUUCUUUCCAGAGCUACGACACAACCGAGCACCGGCUACAGCGUGAAUUCGAACGGUAUGGUCCGGUUAAAAGGGUAAGUACCAUGGCUUGAGUGCGAGCAUGGUGGUAAGUGCAUGAAUUUUUUAUUUUUUUUGCCUUUGGUCCUAAAGAUGGUGUGUCUCAGUCCAGUUCAUGCUUCUCAAAUGAGGUCUCUUGUCUCUCUCUAUAGCUAGCCAGGUACGCCUUGUCCACGAUAAGCACACUGACAAGCCCCGCGGAUACGCCUUCGUGGAAUUCUACCACAGCCAAGACAUGAAAAAUGCUUACAAGCACGCUGAUGGAACCAAGAUUGACAACCGCCGAAUUCUCGUAGACGUUGAGAGAGGCAGGACGGUCAAGGACUGGCUUCCAAAGAGACUCGGUGGUGGACUGGGAAACGCUCGAAGCUCGCAGCCGGAGGCCACUCCACAGCGAGGACGAUAUCGAGGUGAUUAUAGACGGAGGGAGGAAGAGGCUGCUAGAGAAAAGAGAAGGGGCGAGAAAAGAGGUCGUGGUUCCGAUAGUUAAGCUAGGAAACAGGGAGGUGAGAGGUAGAGUAGAGACUUCCUUUUUGCUGUUAGGUUUUUAGAGUGAGCCGAGGAAGGGUAAUGGUCCUGUGGGACUCGGAGAGACUUAGAGACUGGGAGAGUGAGAUGGGUUCCAAGAUCGGCACACUGCCGUGUUUCACAAAGACGAUCACUCGAGUAGCGGUAUCAAAGGACUACCCGGGAUGCCUGCCUAUUCCAAAGGAGUUUCACGACGAGCAGCGCGGCAAGCUGGCCAGCGAAGCGGUGCUCAAGAUCAACUCCCACAAGAAAUGGGUGGUGAAGGUUGCGGUGCUGAAGAGCUCCACGUAUGCGUUUCGGGGGCCCGGGUGGACUGCUUUUGCGAGGGACAACGAGCUCGAGAUCGACGACCAGGUGAUGUUCACCAUGCUCAGUCCCAGCCUCUUCUCGGUGAAGAUAACGCGGGCGGGGGAGGACUCGGAUGCCAGGCGGAAUGUCAAGGUGAAGCAGGAGCAGCCGGAGGUGGAGUCGGCUGUUGCAGAGACCGUGAUGCCGGGCGUGGAAGAAGAAACUGUAGCCUCAAAGUUUGUGGAAGAUCCGACUGCUGCAGCUGCUGCUGCUACUGCACCUGCGACUGCCACUUCUCCAGCUCCAGAGUCGGAAGAUCAGUUUGAACUGAGGAAGAGGACUGCCCAGGAGCAAGAGCUCCAGCAUGGUCCUCCAAGGAAAGCUGCUCGGUUGGAGGAUGAUGAAGUUCAUGCUGCACCGGUAGCAGCAGCAACACCAGUAACACCAGCCAGCGAGAUGGUAACCCCGGAAAGAGCAGAGCGAAGGCAGUCACUGGGAACAGCACAGGACCCGCUAGAGAUCGAUAUGUCUGGAGGACAAGGUGCCGCGGAGGAAGCAGGAAUACACCUGGUGCUGAAAACCGAGAGGAAGAACUUCAAGGUCUUUAUUUCUGUCUCCGCCAUCGAGGCGGCUGCUGCUGCCAACACUGCUACACCGGAGCCGGACGUUACGAAUAACACUGGCGUGGUGGAGAAUCCUGCUGUCACGGCACCCGAUACUCCUGUUGCCGAGCCGGAGAAUCCAGUGAACGUUUUGGAGACCAAGCCUCAAAUUGCUGCUGCGUCUGAUGCUACCGCUGCUACUGCUGCUGCUGCUGCUGCUACUGCUGCUGCUGCUGCUGCUGCUGCUGCUGCUGCUGCUGCUGCUGCUACAACUCCACUGCCGAGGAUAACCAUUCCCAUCCGGACGACCAACGUCGCUCCCUACUCUCGACUGACGAUCGAGAAGGCGUUUGCGUUGCGGUGGCUUCCGCCACAGACGUGCAUGGUGAAGCUGGUUGACAGAGCCGGCAAAGAAUGGGAAAUGAGGUGGAUUGUGGCGAGGAAGCGGAUGCUCACACAGGGCUGGUCGGCCAUCGUCAAGCACUACAAGAUGAGGAUCGGGGAUCUGUGCACGCUGGAGGUUGUCAACCCCAGGACGCUGAGGUUCUUCGUCACGGACAGCUUGGGAGCAGUGGUGGAGCGGCACUAGAGCAGCUAUAAGUCUUUGGAUUUAUAACCUGUGUGUUGUAACAUCUUUAGAAAAUUUCUUGGAAUGGAAAGACCUUCCUUUACCUCAAA